CUACAUACGAUAUACCCAUCAAUCAAUAUGGAGUGCAGUGAUCCCGUCCCCCCAGGUCACACUGUCAUUGCCCUCCAGCACCCCCAUGAUGGACUCCAAGAAGGGUGGGCACUCUGAGCCAGGACCCUUUCCCCGACCUGAAGACGCAGGGAAGUAACCCCCUCAUUCACCAGGGACAACUCCAGCACGCAGGCACUGGGGGGCUGGGGCCUAUUAGCAAAACCACACCAGCUACCCGCCUCGUCCCUGCAGUAGAUCACACGCGAUGCUCUUCAGCCCUUCUCUGACUGGAUCAUCCAUGGUGGGCCCCUCCAGCGGGUGGCAGACGAUGACUGAUUCACAGCUUCUGGGAUGAGACCCCGCACCUCCAAAUCGGAGGCCGUGGUUCUCAGGCGGAAAAGGGUGGAUUGGACCCUUCAGGUUGGGAGGGAGGCUUUUCCCCCGUGUGGAGGAGUUCAAGUAUCCCAGGAUCUUGUUGCAGCGGGAGAUCGGCAGAUGAAUGUGCAGUUAUGCGGUCGCUAUACCGGACCAUCCCGGUGAGGAGCGCUGCCUGCCACUGGGCAGCCAACCGAGUUGGGGGCCCCUAAAGGCUGACGAACUUCUAGAGCAGUGCCACUGUGCAAAAGGGCCCCACAGGCUCUAGAACUGCCUGUGGGCCAGAAGGCAAAGCUCUCCAUGUAUCAGUCGAUCUACGUUCCCACCCUCACCCAUGGUCAUGAGCUUUCGGUCGUGACCGAAAGAGCAAGAUCGCGGACACAAUCGACCGAGAUGAGUUUCCUUUGUAGGCUGGCUGGACCCCCCCUAAGAGACGAGGAGCUCGGUCAUCCAGGAGGGGGUCAGAGUAGCGCUGCUGUUCCUUCACAUUGGGAGGAGCCAGCUGAGGUGGCCCAGGCAUCCCGUCCGGAUACCCCCCGGGCAUGCCCAGCUGGUAGGAAACCUCAGGAUAGACCCAGGACACGCUGGGGGGAUUAUCCGUGUCCCCCUGGUGGAGCAGAAAGAAGUCUGAGACUGCUGCUCAUGACCCGGACCCCGGAAGACCCAACUGAAGACAUAAAUGGAUCAGCAGACAUGUUGAUGCUAACGAUGAAGCUAGCAUUGUCGUUACAGUUACUGUAUGUGGACUAGUGGCCCCCGCUUGUCACACAGUCGUGUUUGUCUUGUGUAACCACGGCGACCAGGUCACUCCUGGGAGACAACGCUUUGACCUCGACAGUGGACGUGAGUGAUGUUACGUAACGAUAACACGAACGCGCUAGUGUGACGUUCAGAGGACACUGUCGACGCUCGUUGGGUGUCUUCCCACUGCGCUCGUCUUUGUCCUCAUUCGUCCUCUGACACACUCGCUCAGACGCGCGUCCAACCAGCUGUGCAGUCACACACACACACACAUGCACGCACACACACACAUCUAUAAAUAGUUUGUGUGUUUGUCUUCGGAUGCGUAACAUUUCUCCCUGCUGUCAGCGCCUCGCUCGUCUCCUAGAAUACUAACAAGGCUCCUUGUCCUUUCUCCUCCCCAGAAGAAGACGUCCCUGUCCUCACGCCUUCGCUAGCUUAAGACGAGACGUGAGCAAACCUUGCUAGCAUUAGCUCCUGGUUAAAGAUGAGCGUGCCAACUAGUGGCGUGGCGUGCACGCUGGCUAGCAGGCAUGAUGUUUAUGUAGCACGUUAGCUUAGCCGCGCCUUGAAAAGUUUUGCUAACUUUUCCGGCACGUCGUCGCCAUGGUUACGCAAAUAAUCAUGACGUCACUCGCACGCCAAACCAGCUGAGUCACGUCUUUCACAUUUUCACGCGCCUUACAACGAAAUUAACCACCGUGUCCCCCCCACCCCACCCCACCCCACCCCACCCCACCCCGACCCGAACCACCCACCCACACUCCCUCUUUUUCGUCACUUGCGCACCGCGCGUGCGCGAGAGGGCGUGUGACGGCGUGGACGCGCGGCGAGGAGAGCGGCGCGCACGGACGCACGCUCGCCGCCUCCCAGUUACGGCGGAGGAAGAGGAAGAGGAAGAAGAUGGACGUGUGAGCGUGCGGAGACAUCAUGGGCUGCAUCGGAUCCAGAACCAUCACAGCCGAUGCGGUGCCGGUGCGGAAGGAUGGAGAUCAGCAUGGCCGUGCUGAGUUUUCCUGGGAAGGAAUCAACCUGUCCAUGGAGGACACCACCUCCAUCCUGCCGCGCCUCAAGAGGAAGUCCAACAACUCCUAUGGGAUCGGCGCUCUGGCUAAGUCGUCUCUGUCAGGUGUGUCAGGUGUGACGCGCUCCAUGAAGGACAAGGUGACCAAGCCCACCGCCAUGGCGCAGGGGCGCGUGGCCCACAUGAUCGAGUGGCAGAGCUGGGGGAAGCCCUCGGCGGGCCCGCUGGGGGGCGCCGGGCGCAGCAACCUGCAGCGAGAGAAGGAGAGGAGGAUGGAGAACGACGCCUACAGCGACCUCAGCGACGGCGAGAAGGAGGCUCGCUUCGCGGCGGGCAUCAUGCAGCAGUUCGCCAUCUCGGAGGCCACGCUGUUCGGGUGGACGUCCGUGGACGGGGACAGCAACCACGGCAGCGAGGUCAACCAGGACAGCAUCACCAGCAGAGACCAAGCGCUCCACCACUCGUCAGCGGAGGCGUGGCCCCACACGUACGUCUCCCAGGGCCUCUACUGCCUGUCGUCGGACGCCUGGGACCCCAUCACCAGCCAGCCGUCAGGCUUGGCCUCGCCGGCCGCAGGCUCCUACAUCAUGGCGGCAGGUGGCGGCAGCGGCGCGGGCGUGACGCCGGGCGAUGGCUACGAGGGCACGGUGGGGGGGUUCCUCCAGCAGCACCAGCUCAGCCUGCAGCAGCAGAACCAGCUGCAGCAGCUCCAGCAGCUGCACCAGUACCAGCAGUACCAGCAGCAGCAGCUCCUGCAGUACCAGCAGCAGGCGUUGGAGCACAGGCUGCACAGCGCCUCCCAUUCCCUCCAAGCCACGCCCAACAGCACCAUUCACAGCCUGGGACCGCCCACGCACCCGCGCCUGGUCGACCUGUGGGGGGCGGCGCAGGUGGAGGCCCACCAGGUGGACACGGCGGGGCAGCUGAGCGGGCAGAUGGCUGAGCCGGGCGGCGGCGCGGCGGAGACGGUGGGGGAGGAGCCUGAGCACGACUCGUCGAGCAACGCUGAGCAGCGAGACGAGGACGAGGAGGAGCUGACCAAGGCGGGGGAGGCGACGCCAGCCUUGGAGCCCGAGACGUGCCCCUUGACCCCGUCCCCGCUGACGGAGGACACGCCUUCCACGAGAGGCCCCAGCCCGGGAACACCGGCACAGAUGGCCGAGCUGGCGUCUGAGAGGACGCCGUUUGAUGUGACGCCGUGCGUCGUCCGGUCGCUGGAGGAGGAGGAGGAGGAGGAGGAGGGCGGCGUUGUGGUCGUCGUGGCGACCAAUUGAGACGCUGAGACAAACGCUGGAAACAAAUCAACCAAUAAUCAAUCGAGCUAUAACCCAGCCCUCCCCCGCCCGUGAUGACGGAUUGAGCAGGAAGUGGACCUCCAAGCGUUUGGACCUUUUGGACCAAAGACGUGCGGUGGACAGGAAGCAGAACCGUGAGGCCCGCUUGGAAAAGUCAGACAGAACCAGAACACCGCCUGUUUGCUUCCAGUUGCUUUGAGCGUCUCCGACUUCCUGCUGAGGCCACGCCCACAAUGCAACUUGAAGCCAAUGUGACUCCGCCCCCCACAAUAUUGCAUCUACCACGCCCCAUCCCGUGCUCUUUCUAAUAAAAGGGGAAACAUG